AAAUUGUGUGUAUAUAUGUCCCCGCUCCGCAUCAUACCCACUUAAACGUGAACCUCUUCAUCUUCUCAACUCCUACCUUUCUCUGCAAACAAAAGCAAUUCCGCAACUCAUUUUGUAGACGGUAAUUAGCAGUUAGUCGCGGAAAUAUGGUUAGAAUAUAAUACGAUCCUGACCUGACGAAGAAAUAUGGCAGUCGAAGCUAGAUAUUCGAAUCCGUUCCAUCCUUUGUUUGUUCACAAUAAAAGACGGUUGAUGAAUCAAAUUGAUGAACAAAUGAACGUGUACGGAGGAUUGCUCAAUCCUUUGUCCGGAACUACAACGGAGACGUUUCUUCCGGUGUACGGAACCUCGGGGGACGACUCAUUUCCGACGAAACCACCACACACCGACAGAGAUCUUAUGUACACUCUUCCACCGAGGAAGCGGAGCAAAGGAGAUACCAUCUAUCAGUAUCAACAAAUUCAGAAUCAUCGGAACAAUAACUUCUCGUUCCUCGGGGAAGAUAUCUCUUUCCUUGUCCAGUACCAGCAAUUCGAGAUCGACAAUUUCAUUUCUCAACAUACGGAGAAGAUCAGAUCAGAAAUCGAAGAACACCUAAACCCUAGCUCGAGAAGAAUCACAGCAGCGGUGGAAGACGUGAUAGUCAAGAAACUUCAAGCGAAAGAAAAGGAGCUGGAGAAAGCAGUGAAACUAAACUCAGCAUUGCACGAAAAAGUGAAAUCUCUAUGCAUGGAAAAUGAGAUCUGGAGAGACCUGGCUCAAUCAACCGAGGCCACCGCGAAUACUCUGAGAACUAAUCUGCAACAAGUACUGAGGCACUAUCAGAUGGCGAGGGAUCAGAGCGAAGACGCGGAGUCUUGCUGUGAUAGUAGUAAUGAGAGAGACGGAAUGGAGGAGCACGGUGGUGGGAGUAGGGUGGGAAUGUGGUGUAGGAAGUGCGGGAAGGAGGAGUCGUGUGUUUUGGUGUUGCCGUGCAGGCAUCUGUGUGUUUGUAGUGUGUGUGAAUCGUCUGUUAGGGUUUGUCCGGUUUGUAGAUCUGCUAAGAAUGCUAGUUUGGUGGUGAACAUGUACUGAUCUUUGAUGAAUUCUUUGUUUUUGAGAAAUGAAAGUGCUCAAUUCCUGGA